AAUAAGCUUUGAAUUGCUAAAAUUUAUAUCUUUCUUAAAAGCAAAAUUUGUAUUAAAAAUUAGAAAAGACAUUUGAUUUUUAACCUUUGAACUUCUCUUUAGCAGACACUGAAUUUUACUUUCGGAAUUCGGCAUUGUGUAUAACCGCGAGUUCAUAGAUGUGCGAAAGGUUGUGAGCGGUAGUUCGUUUAGGAUGUGAGGAUGCCCUUUAAGCUUGAAAAUCCAAUUCAUUGAGAAAAAAUAUUGUAGUCAAUUUCCACGAAAGUAAUCCUGAAUGUUAAAUUGAUGCCGUAACGAGGACAAAGAUAUUUAACGUAUGGAAGCCAUUUGAUUGUUUAAAAUGAACCGUCAUCAAGUGUUGACUGGAGCUGCAAAUGCUGGUGAUCAUUGCUAUUCAGUGGGCAGUGUGGAGGGAGUGCCUUUUACUGCAUAUGCAUCUGGAUGCAAUAUAGUUAUUCUAGCAAGUAACUUCCAAAGGGUACAAAUCAUACCUGGUUUAAUUCAUGGCAAUGUUCAAGUAGGAUGUUUAGAUUCUUCUACAGAUGUUGGGAAAAUUGCUGCUGCUUAUGGAAAAGAAGUUUGUAUAUAUGAACCAACUCCACUUCUAAAUCAAUCUUCUAGCCAUCGUUUGGAUUACCAGUGGGUACAGACGGCAGUUAUUAAAGUAGAUUAUCAUGUUCAUGUGUUAUCAUGGAAUUUAUCAG